AUGACCGAUUUGACACCCAUCUUCAACAAAUGCGUAGAGAUUGUGGCCAAAGAAUUGCCACUGCUGUUACUAAAUCAAUCCAAAAACACAGAUCCAUUGCCGUAUUUAGUCAAUGACUCGUUCACGAAAGACUGUCAUGAGGUCUACAAUAACCUCAUACGUCUAGCUGCAUUUGUGAGCCAAAUCAAGCCACUAUAUCUUCAGAACAAUGACGAGCUCUCCAAGUACGAGAGAGAUAGUAAGCGGCUCUCUGCCGAAGAGAAGAACGGCAUUGAUGAGGAGUUUCGUAUCAAAAUCCAUCAGAUCAAUGAAAAACUCAAGUUCUUCCGCACAUACGAAAAUAGAAGAAACGAACUAGCUAGCUCACAGAAGAAAACUUUCGGUGGCUUUCUGUCUCUUUUUGGUGAUGAACAAGAUGACAAUGCCAGCCUAUACAACCAGACCCUCUCAACCCAUAGAGCACAAAUGAUAAUAUUCCUCAAUACAACUACGCACAAAUGCAACUCUUCAUUUGAAAAGAUGCAGAGACAACGCUAUGAGCGUGAACGACAACUUAACUUGCUCCAUUUCCAAAACCUAGAUGAUUCAGAAGACCUAGAUGUGUACAACAACUUUAAAUCCGAGUUUAAAAUGGAGGUGUCUGAAAACACUUCAUCAGGAGAUAGUGGCACAGGUCAAUUGACCCAAGAAUUGCUUCAGGAAUUGACCCAAGAGAACCAAGAUCUCCUACUGUCGAAAGAAAACCAGUUCAAGCAGGUUGAGAAACUACACACUUCCAUGCUAGACAUCAUAAAAUUACAGUCUGAGCUCACAGCGCAUUUGGAGACUCAAGGUGAACAAAUCGGUAACCUCAUCGACAACCAAGAGCUGGUUGAAUUGGACUUGAGACAAGGAAACCGAACCUUGACCAAAGCCACCGAUAGGAACAAAAGAGGCUCGAAUUUCAUAGUCGCCACUUGCAUCGCUCUUGGAUUUCUCCUCUUACUAUUAGAUUAUAUCUCAUAA